CCUGACGGUAUGCUCCUCUUUGGGCAACUGGGGGAUUUCCUGAGCGGAAACAGCGGAGGGGGUUUCCAGCUUGAUCAGCCCAGGCCUCCCUGCUGGCUCUCUGAGGUGGACCCAGUAACUUUUCUCUGCCGAACUGACAGCACCAAGCGAACUCAGGGAGGUUCUGAGCGGAACUGGACCAUGAGGAGUCCGCCUGAAGCCUGGAGGCUCCACGGCAGCGUCAGCGGAACGGCGACGGUUUGAAUCCGCAGUGAAUCCGCCGAGGAGACUGAUCCUCCUCAGGUCAUGUCAUCAGGGAGAAAUGCUAAUGGGAGGGAAGUGCAGAUACCCCUUCAGCAGGUGGCGCCUUCAGUUGUUGCUCCCCUUUCUUCUACCCUCGCCAUCACGUCAGCCUCCCACCGCUCAGCCAAUCCCUGGUCUCCGUGCGAUCUCACUCCUCAACAAAGUGCUCCUGCAGGCUUCCAGCCUCUUCAUGGAGGGUUUAGAGAUCAUUUCGUUGAAAAGCCUGAGGCCAAAUACUGCUGCGAGUCGUGCAGGCGGGUCCUGUGUGAGCCCCGCCAGACUGAGUGUGGACACCGUUUCUGUCAGAGCUGCAUCAACGACAUCCUCAGUCACCCUAACCCCGUGUGUCCGGCUGACAUGGAGCCUCUGUUCAAAGACAAGAUCUUUAGAGAUGUGUGUUGCCAUCGAGAGAUUAUGGCGCUGAAAGUCUUCUGUCGGAGUAAAGCCAAUGGCUGUCAGGAGCAAAUGAGUCUGCAGCAGAUACCUGACCACCUGAACGUGUGUCCGUUCUUCGAGGUUCCCUGUCCGCUGGGUAAAUGCAAAGAGAGGGUGAUGAGAAAGGAGAUUCCUGAGCACCUGGCGUGGAAAUGUAAACACAGGGAGAGCACUUGUGAAUUCUGCAAGACCAAGAUGCCUUUGACUGACCUACAGAAACACAAAGAGACCAUGUGUCCGUCGUUCCCUGUGCCCUGUCCCAACCACUGCUGCUCCUCCCUGCUCCGCAGCGAGCUAACCAGCCACCAGCAUGACUGUCCCAAAGCCCAGGUCAGCUGUCUGUUCCACCGCUACGGCUGCACCUUCAAGGGCUUAAAUCAAGAUAUGAGGCAGCAUGACUCAACCUUCGUAGCUGAACAUCUAAGAAUGAUGGUCAAAGGGAACUGCUUGUUGGAGAACAAGGUGGAGAACGUGAAGGAAGAGCUGAUGGAGAGAUGUAAGGUACUUCCUGCUCUCAGCAGCCGACUGUCCGAGUUAGAGAGCCAGAACGAAGAGCUGCGAGAGAAGAACCGACAGACGGAGCAGAAGCUGGCCACCAUGCAGAAACUGAUGAGCUCGCAUUCGGAGAAGCUGCUGGAGUUGGAGAUGGAGCUCCGUUCAUUUCGGGUGCUGAGAGAAGAGGUGGAAACCUUACGAGGGACGGUGGAGAACGUUCGGACGCGGCUCAGCACCUUGGAGCAGGGGGGACGGAGUGGGUCUGGCUCCACUCAUACUCUCGCAUCUUUGGAAACCCAGCUCAACCGACACGACGACAUGCUGAGUGUCCAUGAAAUCCGGUUGGCUGACAUGGACUUGAGGUUCCAGGUACUGGAGACGGCUAGCUACAACGGGACUCUAAUCUGGAAAAUCCGCGACUACAAGAGGCGGAAACAGGAAGCCGUGGCAGGAAAAACGCUAUCGCUGUACUCGCAGCCAUUUUAUACCGGAUAUUUCGGCUACAAGAUGUGCGCUCGGGUUUACCUGAAUGGAGACGGCAUGGGCAAGGGGACGCACCUGUCGCUGUUCUUUGUGGUGAUGAAGGGCGAGUACGACGCCCUGCUGCCCUGGCCCUUCAAACAGAAGGUGACUUUGAUGCUGAUGGACCAGGGUCCUUCCAGGAAACACCUGGGGGACGCCUUUAAGCCCGAUCCAAACAGCAGCAGCUUCAGACGUCCCACAGCAGAGAUGAACAUCGCCUCUGGCUGCCCUCUGUUUGUGGCUCAAAGUCUCCUGGAGACGGGCAGCUACAUCAAAGAUGAUACCAUCUUCAUCAAGGUCACAGUGGAUACAUCUGACCUCCCUGACCCAUGAUAUUAGGAACUUAUUUGUCCGAUAUCAACC